AAAUGUGUAAACACUCAUAUUUUUAAUGAAAAAUUAAUAAAUGUCUAUUUUUUUCUAUUGCUGCUAUACCAAAGUGUCUGGAUGAUUAUUAUUCAUUUUUAUUAGUUUUUUUUGUUUUUGUCGAGAAGAGUAAAGGAAUCGAAUGUUUUUCUUGUCGUAGUGGUUGUUUGAUUGUUUUUGAUUCUUAAAAUUUUCUACUUAUGCGUGACGUUUAACUAAGAAAUUCAUCAAAAUAUGUCUACAUCUGCUGAUAGUAUUAUCAUCGAACAGCCAAUACAAUUGGAAGACGAACAUGAAGAAACAAUUUCCGCUGAAGAAUAUAUGCGUCGAGAAAAAGCUAUUAAAGGAACUGAUGAAAGAUUUCUAAAUGGUGAUAAUUCUGAUGAAGAAGGUUGGCGAUCUGAAGCAUUAGCCGUAAUUGAUGAUAUUCAACCAUUCGUUGAAUUUAUGUCCAUUUCAUCGAUCUUACCAUGCGAUAAUAAUGGUGUAUACAUGAAUCUUAAAACAAAAGAAUCCAUUGGUUUAACUAUCGAAUUAAGUUCGACCGGUUUUCGUAUAUGCGGUCGUGGUUUUGAUACAAUCGAUGAUCCGAAUGAAAAUGAUUCUAUUGAAAUCACUAGCUCAUCAUCAUCAAUGUCAGAAGAACCGCUACAAAUAUCCUUAAAUAGUUAUUAUGAAACACCAUAUUCAUUAUUGGAUACAAUAUCACCUUCAUAUAGAAAUUCAUUCAGUGAUGAACUUGCACAACGACUUAUGAAACUUUGUAAAUAAUAAUAUUAAACAAAAUGAAAGAUUUCACAUAUUUUUGGUUAUUUUUAAUGUUUCAAAAAAAAAAUCCUUCUAUCAACAUUAUAGAAUCACACUCUCAUAUUUAUAUUUUGCAUGUAUCUCUUGUUAUUUUUUUUGUUGUUGUUGAUUAUCGUUAUUGAAUAUUCUAUUAUCUUUAAUUUGUUGUUUCAAUACUUAACAAUGAUUACUUAAACAAA